AUGAACGAUGUUCCAGCGGACGAUAUUCCUUGGCCUCAGCAGAUCAUUUCUGAUAAUGCAAGAGAUCCUGCCGUGACCUGCCCUAACUCAGACUGCCGACAACAUUUUCCAUCCAUUCAUGACUUGCUUUCUCACCUAAACCACCCAACUGAGACAUGCUGGCCGUCAGGAUCUGAAGGACACAUGGCCAAGCCUCCUGCAUUACGUGGAACCCGCAGACAUCACGAUGGGCAGUCUGGAGUCGAUGAGACCAUGGAUGAUGAAUUUAAUCGGACCGCUCAAUACCAUCCAUUAUCGGGCUAUGUCUACGGAGAAGGACAGAACAUAUUUCAGCAAAUUCAGAACGAUGAACAUGAGCCAAAACGGGUGAAAAAUAUGUACUGGCCCUUUCGCGAUCGUGGAGAGUGGUCACUCGGUAAAUUUUUAGUUGAGACCAUGACACAGACAGAGAUUGAUCGUUUUCUCAAACUGUCUUGGUUCGAUGUGAAAGAUAAGCCCGCAUUCUCGAGUGCUCGAGAACUAUUGUCCUGGAUGGACCUUUUACCUCCCGGGCCGAAAUGGCAGACCACACAGUUUGAAGUCCAGGGGUACACCACUGCCGCUCCCAUUCAUCUAAUAUGGCGUGAUGGCCUUGAAGUCGUGAAGAGCCUCUUUGGAAACCCUAUUUUUGCUCAAAAUAUGUCUUUUGACCCUCUGCAUGAUCAGCUGCCUGAAGGGGCGACUAUCGUGCCCAUAAUAGCUGCAUCAGACAAAACACCAGUCACAAGACAGACGGGCGGUCUGGAAAUGCACCCUCUUUUCCUCACUAUCGGCAACAUCGACUCUGACGUUCGUAUGAAGGCUACAUCCCACGCUUGGCGAUGUGUGGCGUAUAUGCCAAUCCCAAAGUUUGAAACACAUCCCGAUUAUCAUACGAUUCUGAAGUCGCGUGUCUGGCACAAGUGUGUCGACUUAGUCUUUGCCGGCUUAAAAGUCACAGCAAAGGUCGGCGAGUUUAUGCCUGACCCCUUCGGUGAACUUCGAUAUUGCUUUACCCCUCUUGUCGCUUGGAUCGCAGACCUUCCAGAACAGUUGAUGAUCGCCUCUGUGUCAAAGAACGCUUCCCCCAUCACACUGGCCACUCACAAGCAAUUCGGGGAUGCCAACCGUCACGAUCCUCGCACAGCAGAGCAUACUCUGGAGCUAUUGUACAUUCUCAGCCAGUCAAUUGACCCAUGGAAUCUUGACCGGUUCCAGAAGAAGUCAAAGGAGCUUCUCCUUCUAGGCGUUCAUCUUCCAUUCUGGCGCGACUGGCCACUUACCCAGGUUUCUAUUUUCCUUGUCCCUGAAAUCCUUCACACCCUGCACAAAUUUUUCUUCGACCAUCUGUUGCAAUGGUGUAAAGAAGUGGUUGGAAAUGACGAGCUCGACGCACGCUACAAGAGCCACCACAAACGUAUCGGCGUGCGUCACUUCUCUUCUGGGAUCUCACAUGUGGCACAGAUGACUGGACGAGAGCAUCGUGAUAUCCAGCGCACCAUCGUUGCCAUGAUUUCGGGCGCUGCUCCUCCUGAAUUCGUGCGACCUAUUCGUGCUCUCAUCGACUUCAUGUAUCAAGCACAGAACCCCAUCCAUACGGAAUCAAGCAUCGAAGCAAUGCAAGCGUCACUUAACGAAUUCCACAAUUGCAAGGUGGCAAUCCUGGAAGCUGAAGCACGUCGGGGGAAAAGCAACGUCAAGGAGGAUUUCUACAUACCAAAACUCGAACUCCUUCUGAGCUUCGCGGAGGCCAUUAGGAACAACGGUGGACUUGUUCAGUUCACUGCGGAUGUUAGUGAACGGCUUCUAAUCACACAUUGCAAAAGCCCGUUCACGAGAACGAGCAAACAGAAAGAUUUCGGGGAGCAGAUCGUCCGCAUCCUUGAUCGUGAAGAGCGGAUGCGGCAGUUCGAUCUAUAUCUCCUCCUUCGCCAACACAACCAAGCUCUCAUUAAUGCCGUUGUCGAUGAAGAUGAAGAAGUAUGCGCCACGGACCCGACAAUGGCAUGGGUUUCUCGUGUCGCCCCCAACGAACAACAUCAUUUCAGUGCCCCCAGGCCCAUACGCAAUCAUUUUACCAAGGGCAUCCUCUCCAAUAGUGCCAACGCAGCGCUUACCGUCACUCGCUCUCCUGAUGGCUCAAAUCUCAGCUGGCCUGAUGUGAUGCACACCUAUGGACUCCCUGACCUUCGUCACAAGGUCACAGAAUACAUUCAGCGAUACACAGAUGAUGUCGAAGAGUGCUUCCAGAUGUUUAGUGCCAUCAAGGUUUGGUCCAAGUUUCGUAUCCAACUACAUUCGACAUUUCGCCCAUCAAUCAUCAUGCCCAGCCAAGCUGUCCAAGCCGAACCGCCAAGUGAUGCAUUUCCAUCUGGAAAUUGUGAUGCGAUUUUCUUAGACAUGGAUCAAGGCGCAAAUAACCCUGGUUUUUCAGUUGCUCAAGUUCGCAUUGUAUUCCAGCUGGCUCCACCCCGGCGCUCAACUGCAAAACUUCCUGACUUCUUGUCGCACCCCCUCCUCUAUGUCCAACCUUUUCGUAUCGUAACAACCCCCGAGGAUCUAGAGGACACUCGAUUGUGGAAGCUCGAGAGGGUCUAUGCACCUGAAACGCAGCCCAAAACCCGCACCGGGUUUGUCAUUCCCAUAACAGAGGUAACACACCCUGCGGAGUUGGUCCCGGUGUACGGAGAAAAGGUUGACCGUUCCUUGACUUUAACGACGUCUCAAGAGCACUAUGACCACUUUUAUCUCAACCGUUAUGCGGAUAAGGAGAUGUAUAACGCGUUGCAUGAAUCAUUGGACACUGAGUAUACUCUUUAG